CGUGCCUCUUCCCACUUCCACACAAAGUCCUCGGGCACAGCCAUGAGGUUCUUCAACGCGUCUCUGAUCUUUCUGUGCCUUGUCGGAUGUGUUGGCAGUAAAUCUUCGUCGUCUUGUCCGAGUGGACAGUUUAUGCUGAAAAACCAGUGCGUCCUCUGCCAUCCCACCUGCUAUGAGUGCGGCGGACAUGAGCUGUUUGAAUGCACUACCUGUGGAGUUGAUGAAGAUGGACAGGAACGCUUCCUCCAUCAAGGUCGCUGUCGGACACACUGCCCCCGGGGACUCUAUCCUGACAGGGGUCACUAUGCCUGCCUGCCUUGCAUAGCCAAUUGUGAACUCUGCACAGAUGGCAACAUAUGUGCCAAAUGUCGGGAAAACUACAAACUCCAUAAUGGCGUCUGCCAAAUUGCAUCCUGUGACACAGGGGAGGUGCGGGACCCUGACACAGGAGAGUGCCUUGAAUGUGCGAUGGGUUGCAAAACAUGUUCCGCAGAAGACCCAGCGAUCUGUAACAGCUGCGAUAAAGGUUACUUUCUUUUCAGACACCAGUGUCGCAGUCACUGUCCCCAAGGCAACUAUGAGGACCUGGGCAGGAGUGUGUGUCUGUCCUGUCCAACACCAUGCACAGACUGCAGGAGUAGCACACGCUGCCUGGCCUGUCAGCCCGGAUACUUCCUCUAUGGAGGUGAUUGUGUUAAACAGUGUCCCCAGCAAACCUACAGUGAUACCAGUGGGUGGUGCUGUCAGCCCUGCCACAGCUCAUGUCAAACCUGCCACGGACCUCGGGCAGCAGACUGUGACUUGUGUCUGGGUGGGAACACUCCUCUACAUGGACAGUGCCCACUGGUGAACUGCCCACUGGGACAGUACUUUGAUGGGAAAUAUGGUCAAUGUCAUGUGUGUGAUGCAUCCUGUAAGACCUGCUUCGGCCCACAGUCACAGGACUGCUCUUCUUGUUUCAGAGGAUAUUUCCUGGACCAGGACAGUUCUUGUGUAUUGCAGUGUUCAGAUGGCUCCUAUGCCAACACUGCCACUCAGCUGUGUGAGAACUGCUCACCAGACUGUAAGACCUGUGAGGACACCAGCGAUAACUGCAUCAGCUGCUACAAAGGAAGCUAUAAACUAUUCCUCCACCAGGGCAAGUGCUGGUCAGAAUGCCCAGAGGGUUUCUUUGAGACGUCGGGAGGAACAUGUGAACCCUGUGACAGCUCCUGUUUGACCUGUGACGGGAUUAGUUCCCAGUGUCUGUCCUGCCCUGAUGGGCAUUACCUGGAGAGUGGAAUGUGUCGACUCAACUGUUCGCUGCGGUUUUAUCCAGCGGACGAUGGCACCUGCAGACGAUGCCCUCCCCACUGUGACAUGUGCUCAGAUGACAGAACCUGUCUCAAGUGCAGUUUCAUCUACCUGAUGCUGAAUGGUACGUGUCGGGCGAGUUGUCCCAUGGGCUACUAUGAGGACAUGGAGGAGGGCCGCUGUGGUCAGUGCCACUUCACAUGUGGAAGCUGUUCAGGGCCUUUGGCAGAUGACUGCGAGACCUGCUCCACGUUUAGCCCCAAGUUGUAUAAAGGGCAGUGCUCUGAGGACUGUCCCACUGGAACUUACUAUGAGACAACAGCUGCAGAAUGUCAAGAAUGCCACCAGACAUGUAUGAGCUGCUCAGGCCCGAAUGCAAACCAGUGUACACAGUGUGAGAAGGGGCUGGUGCUGGAUCCAAACACCUUGCUGUGUGGUGUCACAGGUGACACAGACUGCCCAGAAAGGACCUACCUGCAUGAUGACCACUUCAGAUGCAUGGGUUGCCACCGGCACUGUUAUUCCUGUGAGGGGCCGGGCAGCGAUGAAUGCCUGACCUGUGCCACCCCCAGAUACCUUCACAACAGCACCUGUGUAAGUGAGUGUCCACCGGGUACAUACAGCACCAGACAGGAUGCUGAUGGCACAGAGUUUGGAUUUUGUUUGCCUUGUGACCACGUCUGCUCCACCUGUACCGGGGCAUCGCCUAAAGAUUGCCUCACAUGUUCUCCAGGAUAUCUGCGACUCCUUCAGCUCUGCGUCAGCCAUUGUCCUACAGGGUUUUAUAGACAGGGCUCCCGCUGUGAAAAAUGCGAUCAGUCCUGUAAACUCUGUACAGGACCAGGACCUGAGUCUUGUAGGGCCUGUCUACCUCCUCUUCUUGAGAUACAAGGUACCAAGCUGUGUGUUGAGCGCUGUCCACGCCGCUUCUUUCAGUUCAGAGACAUCUGCAAACAGUGCCACACCAGCUGUCAGUUCUGCACAGAUGCCUCACCUCAGGGCUGUGUGACGUGCGACUGGGGCAGCACUCUAAAGGACAAAGUCUGCUAUCCACGCUGUGAGGAGGGGACGUACUUCUCAGAAAAGGAAACCUGUGAGCCAUGUGAUGGCUCAUGCAGGCAUUGCACCGGGCCGAGACCUGACCAGUGUUUGACUUGCCAUCCCAAUUCCGCUCUUCACGCCGUGGAGGGUCGCUGUGCCCGUUGCUGUCAGGCCAGAGGGAACGACACUGACUGCUGCAUUUGUGACAGCCGCACAAGUUUGUGUGUGGAAGCGCCACAGCCCAAGAUGAUUCCAGACCUGGAUAUGUCAUCUAGGGCUCUGAAGCACACCUCAGCCGCCCUGCCUAUUGCGCUGCUGCUGGCACUGGGGCUGGCGCUGGCUGUGUUUGCUUUGGUGAAAGCUCAUUCCAGGAAGACGCUCUGUUGGCGCCAGAGCUAUGAAAGACUGAGCGGCAGCGCCAGCAUCAGCAUGCCACAUGGUGUACCUGAGCCCGACAGCGGUGACGAGGUGGAUGUGGUGUACACUAGCAAAGGCGGAUCGGUUUAUCGACGUUACAGUUUCAUUCAUGAGCAGGACACAGAUGCAGACCAGGAUGUGGAUGAGAGCACCUGCCUCAACCACUCUUAGAUGGACAUCAAGAGAAUUCAUUGUAGUUUAGAAGAGAAAUUAGUUGUAUUUUUCUUGUUUUGUUGUUUAUUUUAUUAUACAAAGUGUACAAUACAGUACUGCACAUUCUUAGAAAGUAAACAGAAAAAAAUAUAUGGUAUGGUGUGUUAAAAAUUCCGUAUGUAUGUGCUUUUUUUCUAUCUCUAUCAUUUAGAAAUAUUGUGAAGGUGAACUGAUCAUGUAUAAAGGCUGAAUUCCACAUGAUUUAUUGUAAAUAGACAAAUAAAAAAACUUUUCUACUUGAUGUUCCCAACAUCCUGUAUUUUAUAAUAACAGAUUUCAUUCUCUGCUGGUGUAACAAACGGAUGAUGAUAUCAACAUCAGAUGCAUGUAGUUUGUCCGUGAUCAAUGCAUGCACCAUGAGCCACUAAUGAGAGAACAUGAU